AAGCUCGUGCCACGCGUCCUCCAUUUGCUGCUGUUAAAGCACCUACCCCGUCCUCGCUCCUGAUUAUUACCAUGACCCACCCGCCAUUCAAGUCUGUCCUCCGUCCUCUGUCUUGCUCUCCAUAGUGCUCCGGCGAACAAAGGGGAAAAGUGCUUCGAUGAUGAUGGAGGAAUCAUGGACAUCGAUCUGGACCUCGGUCCGCGGCUGGUUCACUCCCACCGUCCUCUUCCUGCUUCUCAACCUCGUGAUCGGCACCAUCGCCGUGACCUCCAAGAGCCUUCGCUCCCACCGCCGCCACCACCGCGACGGCGUAGACGUCCCGCCGGAGGAUCUCCCACCGCUCUCACGUGGCCCCUCCGCCAUGCUUGAGCGCAUCCGUUCAAUCGGCCUCUACCGCUUCCGAUCCGGGGAGAUCUCCAUCGACGCCGCCCUCUCCCGGACGCUCCCCGAAGCGGCUCCUUUGGAGACAGCGAUGGACCCUCCGGAGGCCGCAGCAAGCCAUGAGGACAACCACGACCACGAAACUCACCAAUACGGGCGGAGUCGGUCGGACACGAGGGAGGAAGCGGCGGGGAAGCUGGCGGGAAAGAUGAAGAAAUCCGCGAGCGCCAGUUCGGCGUUCGAUCACUUCGAGGCGGCUGAGAUCGUACGGCGGCCGGCUACCGCGAGGGGCGGCCGCGGAGCGCCGGUUGCAGAAGAGGAGGAGGAGGUGGAGGUGGACGCGAGGGCGGACGAUUUCAUCAACCGGUUCCGGCAGCAGCUCCACCUGCAGCGGCUAGAUUCCAUUCUGAGGUACAAGGAGAUGCUCAAGCGUGGCAAAUGACACCACUACUAAUACCAAGAAAUCAAAACCUGCUGCUUAAUUACAUUCGUAGUGAUGGUUAUUUAUUGUUGUUAUUUUUUAACCUUUCUAGAGAAUAAACCUUGUAUUUGUGAAUUAAAUUAUAGAUUGGUAUGUCUGAUGAGAGUAAAACGGCAAGCUAACGAGGUCGAAUGUUGAA